AUGGAGGCAUGCGCCACCCUGGACACAGGGAUUGCCAGGGACCACAGCUGUGACGAGCACUGGCCUGAAAUUCCCAAGAAGCAUCAGCCAGGCUUGGCCAAAGCCGAGGAAGCCCUCAAGACCGCGCCGGAGAAAAAGAAGUUCCGGCACCGGCCGGAGCCGCUCUUCAUCCCGCCUCCGCCCUCUUACACCCCCAACCUCGCCGCCUCGCACUCUGGCGCCACCCUGUACCAGAGCCAGCUGCGCUCCCCGCGCGUCCUGGGCGAUCACCUCCUCCUCGACCCCACCCACGAGCUGCCCCCCUACACGCCCCCGCCCAUGCUCAGCCCGGUGCGCCAGGGUUCGGGGCUCUUCAGCAACGUGCUUAUCUCCGGCCACGGCGCCGGCGCGCAUCCGCAGCUGCCCCUCACGCCCCUGACGCCCACGCCUCGCGUGCUGCUCUGCCGCCCCAACAGCAUCGAUGGCAGCAACGUGACAGUCACCCCAGGGCCUGGAGAGCAGACCGUUGAUGUCGAACCACGCAUCAACAUUGGCUUGAGAUUCCAAGCGGAGAUCCCAGAACUCCAGGAUGUCUCGGCCCUGGCCCAGGACAUACACAAGGCCACACUGGUAUGGAAGCCCUGGCCAGAGCUGGAAAACCAGGACUUCCAGCAAAGAGUGGAGAAUCUCCUGAAUUUGUGCUGUUCAAGUGCGUUGCCAGGUGGAGGGACCAAUUCUGAAUUUGCUUUGCACUCUCUCUUCGAGGCCAAAGGUGAUGUGAUGGCUGCUCUGGAAAUGCUGCUGCUGCGGAAGCCAGUCAGGUUAAAAUGUCACCCUUUAGCAAAUUACCACUAUGCCGGUUCGGACAGGUGGACCUCCCUAGAAAGAAAACUGUUUAAUAAAGCACUAGCCACUUACAACAAAGACUUUAUUUUUGUACAGAAGAUGGUGAAGUCCAAGACGGUGGCUCAGUGUGUGGAGUACUACUACACGUGGAAAAAAAUCAUGAGGUUAGGGAGGAAACACCGGACACGGCUCUCGGAAAUCAUCGACGAUUGUAUGACGAGUGAAGAAGAUGAAGAGGUACAGGAGGAGGAGGAAGACCCAGAAGAAGACAGGAAAUCCACAAGAGAAGAGGAGAGUGAAUUGCCCAAGUCUCCAGAGCCACCACCAGGCCCGGUCCUGGCUUCCGCAGAGGGGCCGCCCCUGCAAGCCCUGGGCCAGCCCUCAGGCUCCUUCAUCUGUGAAAUGCCCAACUGUGGAGCU